CUGAUAGUGUGGAGUAUAUACAGUUUAUUCCCUUGGACCGAUGAACACGGGCCGCAGCAUCGUCGGAUUAAAGUAAAAUAUUUCUAGAUCGAUAUGGAGGAAGGUUCGGAAACAACAGACAAAUGGCGCUACGUGGUUGCUUUAGGAAAGUUUUUUGUUCACUUGAUCUUCCCGGGUAUGACAAAGGCUUUGUCAGUCCUCGUUCCUGCCAUGGUCUUCCAGCUCCAGGUUGAUUACACGACGGUGGGAUUUCUAGUUCCAAUGCAGUAUGGCGUCCUCUACGUUGCCUGUCCCCUGAGUAAUUAUUUGGCGACGAAGUUUGGUCAUCGUUGUGUUUCAUCAAUCGGCGGGUUCUUGUCCGGAGUUUCUAUGAUGGGGGCCUUCUUCAGUCAAUCAGCAAUGACGAUCGGAAUCUCAUUCUUCUUUACAGGUCUCUUUUCGUCACCGUUACGUCAGAGUUCAACUGUCAUGCUGCGUGAGCACUUUGGGGAAAAGUAUGGUGUGGCCAUAACCUUCACACAAAUGGGAGGCCUGCUUGGAGGUGUCAUUUUACCUUAUGUAACUGCGCUGUGUCUGGACGCAUAUGGCAUGAGGGGAGCCAUGCUCUGUCUAAGUGGCAUCUUCUUCUACCACGCAGCGAUUGGAGCCACUUUUAGAGCCCCUCGGUCACCUACAGUCAGAAACAAUACACGGCAUGUAGGUGGAGAGGAGGAUAUCGAGGGAUCGACUCUAUUACAAGGUCAAGAAGAUGAAAUCUAUCUCCGAGAGAACAACCUUCGACAUGACGAUGAAAGUAUUAGUACUUACGAUAAUUCCAGAGAUGAAUGUUGGAUUCCAAAAGAUGGGGAAGCUCAGAAAUCCAAUCCGACAAGGAACUUAAUGGUAGAAUUUUUAACAUGGAUUUUACCCAUGGAUUUUAUGAGAGAGGAACGCAUCUUCAUCUUUCUCUUUAUCCCCUGUUAUAUCCUUGACGACAUAAGUUUCGCCAUAUGGAUAAUUUUCUCCCCAUCGUAUGGAGUGUCAGUCGGUCUUGAUGAGAAGGAAGCAGUGUAUCUCCCAAUAGUCGGUUCAUUGGGCGGAUUCGUAGGCCGCCUGGUUCUCAUAGGAAUUCUGUACAAACAUCCACAUCUAACACCUCACGCGUUUUCAGUCAACGCAGCAGUAUCAUCAAUUGCAAUGUUGGCCCAUCCUCUUAGCUCAUCCUUGGUUCAUCUCCUGAUAUGUUCCUUCUUCGCAGGGUUCGGGUUUUAUGGUCUCGUUUCUUCCUUCUACGCUACUUUACCUUUGAGGUUAAAGAAUGAUAACUUCCCCAUUGCCUCUUCAAUCAUUUUCUUGACAAGUGGAGUCAUACUUCUUCUAUCUGGAACACUUGCAGGUCUGUUCUAUGAGCACUUUGGGUCUUUUAAAACCGUCUUCAUAGCGAUGGGAGUGUUUUCCAUGAUAAGUUGCGUAGUGUUUUCCAGCUACCUCUUCGUCGACGCAAUGUUAAAACGACGCCCCUCCACGGAGAUCGGAUGACGUCACUGUGAGUUAACAUGGGAGCCACGAUAAUGAGGAUGAACGGGAUGGUGCCACUUGGUGUAUAUAGGGUGGGUGCUUGCACUGUAAAAACCGUGGUGUUAAAACUGACACCAAUUGGUGUUAAUAGAAGACCACACCCUGAGGUGUUAAAAUAACACCCUAGAGAU